CCUUGACUCACAAGGACUCCAACCGGAGAAGAUGAACAGGAGACGCCUCUCAGGGGUGGCGAGACAGGCGGCGCAGGCGCGGCUCGGGGGGCGGGGCGGGCACGUCACGUGACAUGCGCAUUGCCUGCCGGGAAGGCCGCCACCGCCCCUGCGCCUGCGCACUGGAGUGCAUCCGGCCUCUUCAUUCCUGCGCGUUCGCUGACGAGGUCCCGAGGCCUAGCAGUCGAGCGGGCUUGGGCUCUUGCCUCCAGAAUAUGGCAAGUCAUCUUGUAAAACCUGAUAAUAGAAAUUGCAAAAGACCAAGAGAGUUGGAGCCUCAAAUGCCAGAUAGUCCACAACUGUCCUCUCUUGGAAAAUCAGAUUCCUCUUCCUCUGAAAGCUCUGGACUGUUUUAUAAAGAUGAAGCCCUGGAGAAAGAUUUAAAUGAUAUGGGCAAAGAAAUUAAUCUCAUGUUGUCUGCAUAUGCAAAGAUCUUAAGUGAGAGAGCAGCGGUAGAUGCAUCUUACAUUGAUGAGAUAGAUGGACUCUUCAAAGAAGCCAAUACCAUUGAAAACUUCCUAAUACAGAAGAGAGAGCUCCUGAGACAGAGGCUUACAGUAAUUGCAAACACACUACACAGAUAAAAUUGUGUACUUAAAAUUAGCUGAGAAUUUAAACCCAUUGUUGUAAUGAAAGAAUGACAUCUGUGCUCUGAAUGCUUCCUAGUUGUUAAGAAAAAUGUGUAUCUUAAAUAAAUUUCUUCUCUAGAAUUAAAAGAGGCUUUAAGCUGGACAUAAAUAUGAAAUAUGUAGUUUUUCUUUUGAGGGUCAACUAUUUGGCAUAUUUUAUAAACGUCUAUAUUAUUUAAAUUAUGUAUGAAUUCAAUUUUUUCAAUCCUCCCAACCUUUCUUAACUUUCUAGAAGACUCACUGAGUUAAUUCGAUAAUAUUUAAUAAUAUUGUACUUUUUAUUUUAGAAUAUUUAGAAAGCAGAUGGAUAGCUUUCAAGAUAGUUUUAAGAUGUUUUUCAUGGUUGGUAUUGAAAAAAAAUUAAAGCCCAAAAGUAAUUUUUCCAGCGUCUCAAUAUGUAAUUAAACUGUGCCAUUGCUAUUCAAUAUUACCAUUUGAUUAUUUUCACUAUUAUUAUUAUACAUCGCUAAUAAAAAUUUGGUUUAAAAUUAA